UCUCCCCCCCCCCCCCUUUCCUCCCUCUGGUCUGCUGCUCAGUCGACCGCUGCCGUGCUUACGAGCUGGAGCGUUCCGGCCGGCCGCUGCGGUACUGCUUGUUGUGGGGACAAAGGAAAGUGAACAGGAAUCGCCGACGCCAUGGACUCAAACGGAGGAACGGGCCGUGCAAAUGCAGCACUAUCAGCUGAGAGCGCGAGAAAUGGGACAGGGGCUGCUGGUCCAUCGCGCCGCUCCAACCAAAACCCAUCCAGCCCUUCCGCUUCGCCUCCAGUCACCAGGGGAGUCAAGAGGAAGUCGGGGGACAACCAAGUCCGUCAACGGAAGCUUGAUACCGCGCUGGCACGAGCAAUGUACGCCACAGGAGUGCCCCUCACAAAACUUGCCAAUCCGUAUUGGUCCAAGUUUUUUGCUCUGCUGCAGUACGCGCCGCCCACGCCCGAUGAGCUGAGCAACGCCUUACUUGAGCAAGAGUACAAGCAGUGCCAGGCCAAGACGGAAGAGUUGACCCACAAGGCUGAUUGUUUGGGAAUCAUGGCUGGCUAUUUCCCAAACGUUCGAUUGGACAGCAUCAUUAAUAUUAUCGUCACCACUCCCCAACCUGCGAUUUGGACUCAAAAAAAUUACCUUGGAAACAGAGGAAAAGACGAGAUAGGGAACGAGUUACUUACAGCCAUAAACAAAAUAGGCUCUCAAAAAUUUUGGUUACUCGUGACUAACUGCAAUGAGGAUGGGUAUGCUGCUGACAAGGUUAUCGAAAAAUACUCCCACAUUACUCAGGUUAAGUGUGCGUCUCAAUGUUGGGAUCUGCUUGUCGGUGAUUUGAUCUGCUCAGUACCUGAGUUUACGGUGCGAUUUCUGCAGGCCAGGGACAUAGUGAAGCACUUUAAAUUUUGCUCUGAGCGACUAGCUGUCUUCAAGGAGAAUCAGGCCGAGAUCUACGGUGAAUCGGCGAGGACUCUGAAACGUCCUGGAGCAAUCAGUUGGGCGCAGGGCGUUCGAAUGAUGAUCUCUGUCAUUGAAAAUCAGGAGGCGUUGAGAGAGUCUGUUCAGACUGCGCCAGACAUUGACGAAAACAUCAAAAAUCAUGUUCUGGAAGAAGACUUCUGGAAGGAGAUACGAUGUUUUUCCGAGAUUCUCACUCGCAUCCACGCGGCUAUCACGUACAUCGCAGGGACACAGGCGCGUCUGUCGGAUGUUUACCACAUCCACGUGCUGAUCAUCGAGUGGGUCAGGUCGAACCUGUCCAAACUAGGUCUGCGAGAAAGGGCGAGGCAGGUGGACGACGUUUUGAUAGAAAGUAUGGGAAACCUCGUAGCUCCCAUCCACUUGGCUGCGUACCUGCUCGAUGAUAGGUACGAAGGGAGGGGUUUGGACUCGGAAGGAGAGAGGCAGGCCCGCGAGUGCAUCGGAAGCCUCCGAAGCCAUCCAGGGCUGGAAGCAGUAGAAGAGGAUAAGAAGGAGGAUCGCAUCGCCCAGAGCAUCAUCUCCAUGCCGCCGUCGGCGGCGGAGUGCGGCCGGCGUCGCUCGGAGCACGCCUUCAUCCACAGCAAGGCCAGGAACCGCCUGACCGACGACAGGGCGGCCAAGCUGGUCAAGAUCCGGUGCACCCUGCAGGCCGACCUGUCCAAGAGGAAGUCCAGUGGGCGCGCGCCCAUGACCGUGCAACAGCUCGAGGAGUACUUCGCCAGGUACCCGGAGAUCGCUGAGGUGGCGGCGGACAGCGAGGACGAAGAGGAACGAGAAGUACUCCCACCUUUGAAACGCCAGACCAGGAUAGACGAGUAUUUUCCGAGCCGCGCUCCGAACUCGUCUCGCGCUUCCUCAGAGUGUGUUGCGCUGUCGAGCGCGGAACGUAGCUCUAGCGGCAUUAUUAAAUUUUUCCGAAAAAGCUAAGAGCCGAAUGUGUCCCUCAGAGUGGGCAAAAGCAAAGGCAGCCACCUGGUCUCGCUGCAAGCGCCCCAACUGGGCCUCGUUUACUGUACAGAUGUACACCCCUGCAACAACUCGGCUGCUGAACAACUCGCUAUCGAAGGCUCAUAGAACGUGUACCAUUUCAAUUUUGUAACUGGGUGAGACUAGAGCCCUAGAGAGGUUAGGUUAGGGCUCUAGGUGAGACUAGCCACUUACAGUGGCCCUUCAUAUUUUUUGCAUGUAUUUUGUUAGUAUUAUGGGGAACCUCGCUUAAAAUAUUAACAUGAAUUGUUUUUCAAUUUUGAUAAUUUGUAACAGACAUUCUGUAUUGGUCCUCAGUAUUUCCAAAUGUAAUUUUGAUAAAUAAAGAUUAAAGCGAAA